AGUGCUCAAAGGGGGUGGGGAUAGAGCGGCCAUGGGAUCUCGGUCUAGGUCGCGGGAACGGCGGCGGAGGCGAAGCCGAAGUCGGUCUGGGUCGGAGUCGAGAGAGAACCGGAGCCGAAGAAGGCGAGAACGGGAGCGAGGAGCGAGCUCAGAGGAAGAGAACCAAAAAUGGCGGAAGAAGAGAGAGAAAAGCAGGGAACGCCACCACAAGAAACACAAGAAACGCUCUCCGCGUUCCCGGGACCGGUCACUUAGCUCUGACUCCUCUCUGGAAAGACGAGGCCGAAGCAGUGAAAGGAGGGGGAAGAGGAGCCGGAAGCGUUCUGUGUCACGUUCUUCGGUGUCUUCAGUGACGUCCCCUUCGCCGUCCAGGUCGCAAAGCUCAAGGGAGGAUUUGGGUGAGACGCUUAGCCUCCAAGAGCGGCUGAGGUUGAAGGAGGAGAAGAAGCAGCAGAAGGAGAUGAUGAAGGCUUUGGAGACUCCAGAAGAGAAGCGAGCCCGGCGCCUGGCCAAGAAGGAGGCCAAGGAACGGAAGAAGCGGGAGAAGAUGGGAUGGGGAGAAGAGUAUAUGGGUUACACCAACACCGACAAUCCCUUUGGGGACAACAACCUGCUGGGAGCUUUCAUCUGGAGCAAGGCUCUGGAGAAAAAAGGGAUUGGUCACCUAGAGGAGAAGGAUCUCAAAGAACGGAACAAGCGGAUCCAGGAAGAAAAUCGACUGGAGCUGCAGAAGGUGAAGCAGCUGCGUUUGGAGAGGGAACGGGAGAAGGCCAUGAGGGAACAAGAGCUGGAGAUGCUGCAGAGGGAGAAGGAGGCAGAGCAUUUCAAGACGUGGGAGGAGCAAGAGGACAACUUCCACCUCCAACAGGCCAAGCUACGCUCCAAGAUCCGGAUUCGGGACGGACGGGCCAAGCCCAUUGACCUCUUAGCCAAAUACAUCAGUGCUGAAGAUGAUGACCUUGCUGUGGAAAUGCAUGAGCCGUACACUUUCCUGAAUGGACUCACCGUCUCGGACAUGGAGGAUCUGCUGGAGGACAUUCAGGUUUACAUGGAGCUGGAGCAAGGAAAGAAUGUAGAUUUCUGGAGAGACAUGACCAUUAUCACGGAAGAUGAAAUAGCCAAGCUCCGGAAACUGGAGGCUUCAGGAAAAGGGCCAGGCGAACGCCGCGAAGGGGUCAAUGCCUCGGUCAGCUCUGAUGUACAGUCCGUCUUCAAGGGGAAGACCUACAACCAGCUGCAAGUGAUUUACCAGGGGAUCGAGGGCAAGAUCAUCGCUGGAGGACCCAACCUUGAUAUUGGCUACUGGGAGAGCUUGCUUCAGCAGCUCAAAGCCUACAUGGCCCGGGCCAGGCUGAGGGAGCGGCACCAAGACGUUCUGCGUCAGAAGCUGUAUAAGCUGAAACAGGAGCAAGGAGUGGAGAGCGAACCCCUGUUUCCCAUCAUUAAGAAGGAACCACUGUCCCCAGGUGCUGGAAGCAGCAACAGGGCCGAACCAGAGGAGAGUGCCCCACCACAACCGGGACCCUCUUCAGCAGAGCCGGGGACUGAACCAGAGUCAGAAACCAAAGCUGAGGGAGACGGAGAGGCGGUGCUCAUGGAGGAGGACCUGAUCCAGCAAAGCUUGGAUGACUACGAUGCCGGCAAGUACAGUCCCCGACUGCUGACCUCCCACGAGCUGCCUUUCGAUGCCCAUGUGGUGGAAGUGGAUGAAGACCUCCAGCGCCUGCUGCUCUCCCGACAGCAGCUCCAAGUCACAGGGGAUGCCAGUGAGAGUGCUGAGGACAUCUUCUUCCGCCGUGCCAAGGAAGGGAUGGGAGCUGACGAGGCCCAGUUCAGUGUGGAGAUGCCCCUGACAGGCAAAGCCUACUUGUGGGCUGACAAAUACCGUCCCCGCAAGCCCCGUUUCUUCAACCGAGUCCACACGGGCUUCGAGUGGAACAAGUACAAUCAGACCCACUAUGACUUCGACAACCCCCCACCCAAAAUCGUCCAAGGCUACAAGUUCAACAUCUUCUACCCGGACUUGAUUGACAAACGCUCUACUCCGGAGUACUUCUUGGAAGCCUGCCCAGACAACAAGGACUUCGCCACCCUCCGCUUCCAUGCCGGACCGCCCUAUGAGGACAUUGCCUUCAAGAUUGUCAACCGGGAGUGGGAAUAUUCCCACCGCCAUGGCUUCCGUUGCCAAUUCGCCAAUGGCAUCUUCCAACUCUGGUUCCAUUUCAAGCGCUACCGCUACCGGCGCUGAAACGGUCUCCGAACUUUUAUGGGGCUGCAGGUAUUUUGGGAGGGGAUGGUAUUUUGAGGGGGUUAAACUAAAACCCGCGCUGUGGAGAGUUAAUGCAGUGCAAGUUACUCAGCAAUUAAUCCACGUUUUCUCUGCACCUCGUAAGGCAGUGAUUCCCAGGUAUUUUGGGAGGGUUGCUCUCUGUGGACUUCUACCAAUACCUAGGUUGUGGAGAGUCAGAAUAUUGGGUCCCCCCCUCCCCUGUGUUAAUCCUUAGUAGCACAAUUUACUCAGCAAUCGACCACCAUUUUUCCUGCGCCCCAUAAACUUUGGUUGCAAGUAUUUCAGGGAGAUCAAUAUCUGUGGAAUUUGACCAAUAUCCAGGCAUGGAGCGUUAAUGUAGUCCAACAAGUUACUUGGCAAUUGAUCCCUAUUUUCUCUGGACCCCAUAAGUCAGUGGUUCCUAUUUCUUCACCAAUAUUUCAGUAUCUCCAUGGAGUUCGACCAAAACCCAUGCUCUUUUAAGUCUGAACAUUAGGUUUCCUUCCCCCCCCCCCCACAAUACUCUGUUACAAGUUACUUGGCAAUUGAUCCCUGUUUUCUCUGCACCUCUAAGUGGUUCCCAAACUUUGCUCACAGAUACUUCAUCGGGAUCGCUCUAUGCCCAGUUCAACCUAACCCAGGCUGUUUCAAGUCUGAAUGUUGGGUUUUCCCCUACAAAUACUUCAUUACAAAUGGUCUGGAAAUUGAUCUUGGUUUUCUCUGUACCCCAAGUGAUUUCCAAACUCUAAUCACAGGUAUUUUGGGGGGGAUUAUUCUCCUUGGAGUUUGACCAAAAACCUGGCUGUGAAGAGUUUGAAUAUUGUAUGAUUUCCCCCCUAUAAUAUUUUUGUUUGUCUGAUGUACCACAAGUUACUCGGCAGUUGAUCUCCAAAUUCACUGCAACCGGUAAGCCAAGGCCUCUCAAACUUUAGUUGUCUCAAUGUGUUGAACUUCAGGUCCUUGGCCGAGAGUCAGGGAUUCUGGAAGAUGAAAUCCAGAACACCUGGACAAUCAAUGUUUUGGAACCACUGUCCAUAAGAUGCCCGCAAACUCUGCAAAGCAUACCAGCUGCGGGGCUGGAGUUCCUUUCUCUGACACGAGAUGGUGCCAUUCUCCCAUCUGCAUUGUAUACGGUCUGGCAAUUUUCCUCAUGGAUAUUCCCACGGCGAUGCUAAACCAUCACCAUGAUGGGCUUUUUGUAAUCUCUUCCUGAGCCUGUAUCGAUCUGGGAGAUUGGGUGACAAACACUCUCUUUCUCUCCUGGGAAAGUUGUCAGCUCACAAUAAAUUUUUUUAAAAGGA